AUCCAGCACUAUGUAUCGCGUUCUCCUGUUGUUCUGUGUUGGUCUUUCCCUGUCAUCCUGCGACAUCACGGUUCUGCUAUACUCCAGCAUUUCUCUGCCUUGUGUUCCUGACGAUGCUCCUGCACUGGCUGGAUCCACAUACAUCUGGAACUUCACGGCUCCUCAAACAGAACAACGCACAAUGAGCGAGAAGGGAAAGAUCCUGACACUCAGAAAUGUGAACAGCAGUUACAGUGGACAGUACAAAUGUGUGCAGGAAGGCUACAGAGAUGAAGCUCGAGUGAGGCGGAGCAGAACAUUCAGCUUACAGGUGGAAGACCCUCCUCUCCUUCAGGAAUGGCAGAUCAUCAGAAUAGAAGCUGGGUAUGAUGCGAUUCUGCCUUGCAAGGUUUCCUUUUCCAAUGAGACAUUAUCUCCCUCUGUUGUGUGGAAACGAGUGACAGGUCAAGGUGCUGUGCUUCUCAAUCCUGACAAAAACACAGAUGUAGAAGAUGAGAAGAAGGACGAGCUGUCACAGAGGGUUUUCUGGGACAUUACACGUGAAGAGCAGGACUGGGCCAUUAAGAUUAGUCAGACCAUAAAGGAAGACGCCGGGAUGUACCAGUGUAUCAUAACAAACACAAAUCAGACACUGCUGGUGGAGCUGGAAGUAGAAGGACCUCCUCCGCCCCGCUGCGAGGGCUACACGGACCCAUGGGAGUCCUGUAAUGAUCCAGACAGCAGAUCAUGGAAGGCCAUCCUUCAGGAAUCACUGGGUGAAUUCUCCACCUCCGUUUACAGCAGACUCAAGGGUUCAAAAGCCAAAACAAACCUGAUCUUCUCCCCCAUCAGCAUCGCUGCAGCUCUUUCAAACCUGCUCCUUGGUGCUCGAGGUGAGACCAGAAUGCAGCUGGAAGAGGCUCUUGGGCUUCCUCUAGGGUUUUCCUGCCUGCACACAGAAUUGAAGAAACUGAGAGGAGUGAUGAAGGACACACUGAAGAUGGCCUCUGCUAUCUUUUAUGAUCCAGAGCAACAGCUGGCAGAAGCUUUUGUCAACCAAUCACAGGAGUUCUAUGAGUUUGUGCCACAGAAACUGACUAAUGACAGCACUCGAAACGUGGCUCUCAUCAACAAAUGGGUAGAAAACAAGACAAACAAAAAAAUCACUGAGUUAAUUGAUAAUGUGGAUCCCUCCACUUCCUUUGUUCUGUUAAACGCAGUCUACUUUAAUGGUAGAUGGAAGACCGUUUUUGAGUCCACAAAUAACAAGGAAAAGUUCACCAUGUUCUCAGGUGAAACUAAAGAUGUGAAGACUCUCUACAGCUCCAAUUACAUUCUGCAGAUGGGCUACAACAAACAGCUAAAGGCUGUUGUUGGAAAGUUUCCUCUGACAGGCCAAAAUAGCUUGUACAUUCUGGUCCCGCGCACACUGUCAGAAGAAUCCUUUUUAUUGAUGGAGAACAACAUAAACCGCAACACUCUUGAAGAAAUGGUUUCUGAGAUGAACAAAACUCCAGCCCAGGCCGCUGAGGUGACGCUGCCAGCAAUUAAACUGAUAAUGACAACACAACUGGAUGAGUUACUGAGAAAUAUGGGUUUGUCAGAUCUCUUCAACAAGCCUAACUUGUGUGGAAUGUUUCCAGGGGAGCCUGAAUCAUUCAUCUCAGAUGUUCGUCACCGCGCUUUCCUCUCGCUCACAGAGAAGGGGGUCGAGGCCGCCGCCGCCCACAAGCAUUUCUUUUUCUCGCUCCUUCUCUUCUUCUCUGCUCUACAGCCCUUCGUACUCAUACUGUGGAGCGAUGAGGCCGCAGCUCCUCUAUUCAUGGGAAGAAUUAUUAAUCCAUGAAAAAAGAGAGAGACGAAAAACAUCACAGUAGCACCCCACCAUAAAUAAAUGAAACAUUCUGUUGUACAUUCAUUCAUUUAUCACAAAUAAAAAUUGCAUUUAUGUAACAAUAUCAUGUUAUGCAUAGAAUCAGAAUGCAUGCAGAAUCUCGAUCAUUAAAGAUGUCGUUUACACCAUG